AUAUUACAAUAGGCGAAAUCGAUGGUCCCCGCUCCAAGUGUGCGGCAACCAGAAUCAAGAUGGCGGGAGCUUCAUCAGCAAUGUUGCGUUUUGACCAACGCAAUUCUUUAAAAAACCAUAUGGUGCCGGAUUGGACACGCAAAGAAGUCAGCACCGGGACCACCAUCAUGGCAGUUGAGUAUGAUGGAGGCGUGGUCAUCGGUGCGGACUCCCGUACCACAACUGGUGCGUACAUCGCCAACAGAGUGACGGACAAACUGACGCCCAUUCAUGACAGAAUUUUCUGCUGCAGGUCUGGAUCAGCUGCCGACACUCAGGCCAUCGCUGAUGUGGUCACUUACCAGCUGGGCUUCCAUAGCAUCGAGCUAGACGAGCCCCCAUUGGUGGAGACGGCCGCUAAUCUAUUCCGAGCUAGCUGCUACCGCUACAGAGAAGAACUGAUGGCUGGGAUACUGGUGGCAGGAUGGGAUAAGAGGAAGGGUGGACAGGUGUACUGUGUUCCUAUUGGUGGAAUGUUGGUGAGGCAGCCAGUGUCUGUUGGCGGUAGUGGCAGCUCGUACAUUUAUGGCUUCAUGGACUCCAACUACAAAGCAGGAAUGAGCAAAGAAAAAUGCUUGGAGCUAACUGCUGCAGCGUUAUCCCUGGCAAUGGAGAGGGACGGCUCUAGCGGCGGUGUGAUCAGACUCGCAUCAAUUUCAGAGGACGGAGUGGAGAGAAAAGUCAUUCUUGGAAAUGAGCUUCCCAAAUUUUCAACACAUUGAACACACACACACAGCUGUCAAGUUUGUCAUUAAAAAGUUGAACAUGU